AUGUCAGAGCUUCGCCGCAGGUUGGUGGGGCUCCAGCUUGAGGGGGCAAAUGAACCGUCUCAUCAUUUGCUUGACCUUUGUGCGGCGCAGGCGCUUGAAGCUCUUCGUCGCCGCGGCAUUGCCAUGACCUUCGCCGGUUCAGUGUCUUACCCGGGUAUGGCUCGCAUUACUGUCAGCCAAAUUGUCGCCGCUGAUAAGCAAGUCUUUGUGCGGCUCAUUGAAGCUGGCAUCCGACCGAAGCGUGGAGAUGACAAGUCAUUUCCCAUGGAUGCUGCACUCAUGGCUGCCCUUGAGUCGUAUGAGGUCAGCCAGAAGGAUGAUGAUCCCAAGAAGCCCCGAAAGGGGAAUGGCAAAGGUGAUGCUGAGAAUUUUUGCAUGAGUUGUCCACCUGCCAUCAAUCCAAAGUUGUUUGCAACUCUGUGUGAUGAGUGUGACUUUGAUCUUUUUACCAGCGAUGUGCCGGCCCGAUCUUCUAUCCGUGACCCAAGCAUCCACACUUUCACCACAGGUGCUUACGUGCGUGGCGGGGCAACCUUCACUAGCAUUGCCUUGCUUCGAAAUCAGUCGGCCCAUCUUCAUCGCGGCAUCUGGGUGGCAGGACUUGGUGAUGCGGUGUGCCCUCAGCCCCUUGAUGAUGUUCCCGUGGGCCUGGGAGGUGUCCUUUCCUUCGCCCAGGGCCCCCUCUCGUUUGACAGCCAUCAGUGGCAUUGCACAGCACCAUGGACGGGGGAUAGGUCCAUGGGAGCCAUCCUUAUCCAGUUCUGA